CAACACAUACACAAUUGUAUAUUGUUUUUGCAUGGCCACUUGAACAAACAUUACUUGAUGAUGACGGUGAUUUAGCAUUCAAACAACAUGAAGAAAUUAUGUGCAGUACAUUAUCUCUCAUUCUUCAAACAAUUCAUACAAAAUCUUCUCAUUUUCAUCCAUUUGUGUUUGUUAUCACGCAUCAUGCGCAGCUUAAUAUCGGUUCUGAUUGCAAUUUAAUCACAUCACCAAUUAUUGGGCUUGCGCGAAGUUUGAUGAUUGAAUACGAGCCACAUCGAUUAAAACUGAUUGAUCUACAAGCAUCACUGACAUCAAUCAACAAGCCAAUAUUUGCGCGUGCUUUAAUACAACAUAUGAUGAAUUCUCGAUAUUCAAAUAAUACGUCUGAAAUUGUUUUGCAUCUUGACACGAACGAAAAUCAAGUCAAACAUAUAAAAUGGCAUUUUGAAAUGCUUCAAAAAUCUGUUGAUGAUGAUAAUAAUAAACAAGAGAAAUCUAAAUUAGAACAAAUUUCUAUUAUUCCUAAACGAGAUGCUGAUCAAAAACCAUUUCGUAUUUGUGUACCACAAUCUCGUUUUCUUUCUGAAUUAACAUGGAUUGAAGAAGAUAGAGAAAAAGACUUAUUACCAGGUAUGGUAGAAGUUCGCGUUCAUUGUGUUGGUAUUAAUUUUCGUGAUGUACUUAAAUCACGUGGUUUGUAUCCACAUACACGUACUUUUGCACAAUCUGAUGAAGAUCAACCAAAAGUUAAUCGAGAUACAGAACCAGGUUCAGAUUUUGUUGGUACUAUUGUACGUGUAGGUCCUACAACUAAUUUUCAGGUUGGUGAUCAUGUUCUAGGUACUAGUAGUCUUGGUGCAUACCAUUCUCAUAUUAUAAUUAAUUCACAACUUAUAAUACGUAUUCCAUCUGAAUGCCCACUUACCGAUGAACAAUUAUGUGGUAUGCCAACUCCACUUCUAACAGUUAUAUAUUCUCUUAAAUAUCGUGCUCGUUUACAAGCUGGUCAAACUGUUCUUAUUCAUGCUGCAACAGGUGCUGCAGGUCAAAUGUGUAUUCAAUAUUGUCAAUUUAUUGGUGCUCGUGUUAUUGCUACAGCUGGAACUGAUGAAAAACGACGUUUUCUUCAUGAACAUUAUGGCAUUGAACAUGUAUUUAAUAGUCGAGAUGCUUCUUUUGUUAAUAAUAUACGUCAGAUUCUUCCACAAGGUGUUGAUGUUAUUGUUAAUUCAUUAUCAGAUAAUUUACUAAAAGAAUCAAUUAAAUUAUUAGCAUAUCAUGGUAAUUUUGUUGAAUGGGGCAAACGAGAUGUUUAUCAUAAUGGGAAUUUAUCAAUGUUUCAAUUACGAUCAGAUUGUAGUUUUCAUGUGAUUGACUUCACUGGACUUGUUGAUCAUGUAUUACCUAUUAUUCGUCUUAUGCUAGAAGAAGCAAUUGAUUUAUUUGUUCAAUGUAAAUUACGUGCUGUUGAACCAACAGUUAGUUAUGAACCAUCUCAAGUAAUAGAAGCAUUAUUAAGAUGUAAUAGUGAUCAAGUUAUGGGUAAAACAGUUUUUCGUAUAACUUCAUCUGAUCAACCAUUAAAUAUUAAUAAAAAACAAUCUAAUAGUUUAUUAAAAGUUGUAAGUGAUAAUACAAUGUUUCCAUCAGAAGUUUGUAAUCAAGGAACAGUUUUAAUAUCUGGUGGUUUUGGUGGUCUUGGUUUAACAAUGUCUCGUUGGAUGAUAGAGAAACGCUAUGUUAAACAUAUAACACUGAUGAGUCGUCGAACCUUAGCUGAACUUGAGCAAUCUUCCAAUCCGCAAUAUGAUGAUUGGUUACGAUUGAAACGAACAGUAAAUGAAUAUAAUGCUCAUGUUGAUGUUGUACAAGCAGAUGUAACAAAUUUUCAACAAGUUCAUGAUUUGAUUGUAAGACUUAAUCAAAGCUCUUAUCCUGUUCGAGGUAUUAUUCAUAGUGCUGUUAUUGCAGAAGAUCGUACUCUCAGUAAUUUAACACAAGAACAUAUAACACGUGUUCUUGCACCAAAGGCUCGCGGUGCUUGGAUUCUUCAUCAAGUAACACAACUUACUCAUACUCCGCUUCACUUUUUUAUUAUGUUUUCAUCAAUUCGAAAUCAUCUCCUUGAAUUAGCAUCUGCCGGUUACAAUGCUGGUAAUCAAUUUCUUGAUGCUCUUGCACAUUAUCGUAU